CUGCUUGUUAACGCUCUUGUGAUGGGCUGAAGAUGCGCUGCCCGCUCUGCCACGUGCUGAUUGCCCUGACUCUGCUCUGCAAUGUCCUUCUGCUUUACUACUCGUGGCACCUACAGUUCCGGGCUCUGGGGCGCCAGGCUCCCCUCCCAGCCCUGGCACCGGGCAUUACCGUCAUCGUGCGUGAGUUCCGUGCCUUCGAACAUGGCCUGGCCGAGCUGAAUCGCUCUUUCUUGCGUUCCCGGCCCUCCCUGCGCCUGCUCAUCGCGUCCGACGUGCUCCCUUACCCUCCCGUCCCCGGCCUCAGCGUCCUGAAGCUGCACCCUUCCCCCGAGCAGCCCAGCUCCGCCAGCAGGCCGGAAUCCCACAUCCACAGCAGGCUCGUUGCCCUGGUCCCGGAUGGCACCGCUCUUAAUCCCCCGGAUUUGCUGGACCGGAUGGCACAGAAGCUGCGGGACGCUCCUCCGAGUAUUAGGAUAAUGGCCGCCGCCGCCGGACCUGACUUGCGGUGCUUGCACCUUAACGUAUCCACGAGGCAGUGGACAGCAGAAUACAGGCCGGCGGUGGCGAGCGAGCCUUGUGGGGCGGUGAGCGGCACCGCGGUGCUCAUGCUACGUUCCCGUGACCUGUUCGAGCUUCCUUUCCCCCUCGCACGGCCGCUGCAGGCCGCUCUUUUCAUCCAGGCGGCUCUUCGUGGGUGGGGCGUGCAGAUAGCGGAAGGCGUCUCUUUCCCACGCACUCCGCUUCCAGCCACAGACCACGGCCGCUGGAAGUCGGAGCAGGCCGAACGCCAAGAGGAAGCGGCGACCAUGAGAGCGCUGGGCGUGCGUCUGGUCCGAGGGCUGGAUGGAGGGGAGCGGUGGUUUGGCUGUUCCAAAGAGACCCAGCGUUGUUUUGGGACAGUGGUGGGAGAGACCCCAGAGUAUCUUUAUGAAGGACGCUGGACGCCUCCCUGUUGCCUUCGGGCGCUGAGGGCCACGGCGCAUCAUGUCAUAAAAGUGCUGGAGAGGAACGGUGUUCGUUACUGGCUGGAGGGGGGCAGUCUGCUGGGUGCAGCUCGACAUGGCGACAUUAUCCCUUGGGACUACGACGUGGACCUCGGAAUCUAUCUAGAGGACAUAGUUCUGUGUGCGGAGCUCCGCGGGGCCCAGGGAGGCUCUCUGGUGGAUGCAGAGGGCUUUGUCUGGGAGCGAGCGGUAGAAGGAGACUUCUUUAGGGUCCAGUACAGUCAAAGCAACCAUCUACACGUGGACCUGUGGCCCUUCUACCCCCGGGACGGGGUAAUGACGCGCGACUCCUGGACGGGACACCCCCAGGACGUCGAGUUCCCAGAGAGCUUCCUCCAGCCUUUGCAGACUAUUGCUUUUGCCGGAGGGACUGCCCAAGCGCCAAACCGCCAUCUAGAGCUGCUGCGCAUGAAAUUUGGAGAGAAAUCCAUCGAGGAACCAGAAUACCCCAACUCGGCCCUGCUGAGCAUGAGAGGGAGAUGAAUGCGUCAUUAUAAUAAUACGGGGGCAGAGGUCGGCUGAACCGUCCUAACCCCCGAACCAAGGACUCAAAAGGCUUGUUUUAAGAUGCCUGUGCAGACAAAUGACCCAGGGGUCAAAUCCAACGAACCAAUAAUGGAAAUUGGUUGAAAAAAGGGGCUAAUAGUAAUUUUCGGGAUAGUAAAUUAAUUUUGUUAAUGGGUCAUUUUACUUCUUCACCACACGGUGGAAGCACAGUUACUG